AUCUUUGCCAAUUUGUAACAACUGAGAAACAACCAUGGGUAAAGAAAAAACUCACAUCAACAUUGUGGUCAUUGGCCAUGUCGACUCUGGAAAGUCCACAUCCACCGGCCACUUGAUUUAUAAAUGUGGUGGCAUCGACAAGAGAGUCCUCGAAAAGUAUGAGAAAGAAGCCCAAGAGAUGGGAAAAGGUUCAUUCAAGUAUGCCUGGGUAUUGGACAAACUGAAGGCUGAACGCGAGCGUGGAAUCACCAUCGAUAUUGCUUUGUGGAAAUUUGAAACCAAGAAAUUUUAUGUGACAAUUAUUGAUGCUCCUGGACACAGAGAUUUCAUCAAAAACAUGAUUACAGGAACUUCCCAGGCUGACUGUGCUGUACUUAUCAUUGCUGCUGGUGUUGGAGAAUUUGAAGCGGGUAUUUCCAAAAAUGGACAGACUCGUGAGCAUGCCCUGCUUGCUUACACCCUUGGCGUGAAGCAGAUGAUCGUUGCCAUUAACAAGAUGGACAGCACUGAACCACCAUACUGUCAGACACGUUUCAACGAAAUCAGCAAGGAAGUGAGUGCCUACAUCAAGAAGGUUGGUUACGUUCCUAAAACUGUACCUUUCAUUCCCAUUUCUGGUUGGAACGGUGACAACAUGAUUGAACAAACUAAAAACAUGUCCUGGUUCAACGGAUGGACCAUUGAGAGGAAAGAAGGCAAUGAAAAAGGGCAUACCCUUGUGGAUGCAAUAGAUGCCAUCCUUCCUCCCAAGCGUCCUACAGAUAAACCUUUGAGACUCCCACUCCAGGAUGUAUACAAGAUUGGAGGUAUUGGAACUGUGCCUGUGGGCAGAGUCGAGACUGGAAUAAUUAAACCAGGAAUGGUCGUAACUUUCGCUCCGUCUGCCCUGACAACUGAAGUUAAAUCUGUGGAAAUGCACCAUGAAUCUAUGCCAGAAGCUCUCCCUGGAGACAAUGUUGGAUUUAACGUCAAGAACGUCUCUGUUAAAGAAAUUAAGAGAGGAAAUGUUGCAGGAGACAACAAAAAUGACCCCCCUGCUGGUGUGGAACAUUUCACUGCUCAGGUUAUUGUCCUGAAUCACCCUGGAGAAAUCCGUACUGGUUACACACCAGUUCUUGAUUGCCACACUGCUCACAUUGCAUGCAAAUUCAAGGAGCUUAUGGAGAAACUUGACCGUCGUACUGGAAAGACCCUUGAAGAAAACCCAAAGACUGUGAAGUCUGGUGAUGCAUGUAUUGCCGAGCUUGUCCCCCAGAAGCCCAUGUGUGUAGAAGCUUUUACAGACUACGCUCCACUUGGUCGUUUUGCAGUCCGUGACAUGCGUCAAACAGUAGCUGUUGGAGUCAUCAAGUCUGCCAAGAAAAUGGAGAAAACUGGGAAAAUGACAAAAGCUGCCCAGAAAGCUUCCAAGAAAUGAAAUGAAUCUAUUUCAUCAGUCCACAAGCCAAGCAAUUCUAAAUUUCCUUUUAUUUUGUCCGAUUUAGGUUUGUCCAAGAAGACAAAAUUAAAAAAAACAAUUGGUCAAAUGAAAUCAUUUUUGAAUGAUCCACAGCAUAGCAUUUAUUGGACUGUUAAACUUCUUACAAAAAAAAUCCAUCGAAAGGAAGUGAGAAGGAAAAAGUUUUGAUGCUGUAGGUAAUGGCAUUAAAGUAUUUAAAUACAUAUAA